AUGAAUUCCACAAGCGUGACCUCGAGGCAGGUUCUACUGGUUCUGGCGCUGCUCCUGUGUGUGGUCAAAUCAACCUCAGGACGACCGCAAAACGCAAUCGACAGCCAGGAUGCCCCCGAGAUAAAUGUGAACGAGCUGCGAAAAUUGUACUCCAACUACAACCCCUACCUGACUAAUCAGUUGGAUGACUACGGCCUGGACCGGUUACAGCUUCAGCUAUUGGCCCAAUACGCACAAAACAAUGCCAUUGGCAACGGAGGCGGCUGGGACCAGCUGUACCGGGCACCGGAAAUGAAGCGUCAGAUCCGGUAUCGUCAGUGUUACUUCAACCCGAUCUCCUGCUUCAAGAAGUAA